AACAAAGGGAAAGGGGGGAGGUGAUGACAAAUGGGGGAGGUGAUGACAUAUCUAUGUCUGAACAAUCUAAAACAAAUACAGUCCCCCUCCAUACUGUCCUCUGAAACAUGACACAAGGUCAUCAUAUGAUAAUAGAAGGGCAGAACACCCUGGUAGAAAUCUGUUCUAAUUUAAAAACAAAGCUUUUACAAAUGAAACAUGAGAAUUUUUCACGACAGAUAUCUAGGACAAUAAUUAAUAGGUGUCAUCUAAAAUAAAUACAGAUACAGCAACCCUCUAUCUAGAUAGAAUUAAUAGUCAUUUCAAAAAUUCUCUCCAGACACUAUGGAUGUAAAAUUAGUGUUCAUACUUUGUACCAUCCUUGAAGGAACAUCGUGUACUACUUGCGAAAACGUUUCAAGAUGUUGUAAAAAACAAAGUGCCACAUCAUAUCUGUGCAACAGUUGUCAAUGUAUCAGGAUUGACAAAAGGUGGGACCCCGAAUGGUCCCAAUCUAUGACACUAAGACUGAGAUUAAAUUCUCCCAACAAUUCAUCGCGUGGAGUCCAAUGUGAACACGCAGAUUUUUACUUACGACAAGAGGAUGUUUAACACCUUCCAGUGUGAUCCCUAUUUGACGAUCAAAUAUGGCAUGCAGAAGAAAAAGUGCGAUGGAACCACUGCACAGAACAAAUCAGCCUCUACUACUGUUGAGGUAACAAAGGCCCGCUCUGGUAUCUCUACUGCAAAGGUGACUGACUCAGAUAUCUCUACCGCGAAGAUGACCAGCUCUGGUAUCUCUACUGCAAAGGUGACUGACUCAGAUAUCUCUACCGCGAAGAUGACCAGCUCUGGUAUCUCUACAGCGAAGAUGACUGCCUCCGAUAUAUCUACUGCGAAGAUGACCAGCUCUGGUAUCUCUACAGCGAAGAUGACUGCCUCCGAUAUCACUAUUGUGAAGAUGACCAGCUCUGGUAUCUCUACAGCGAAGAUGACUGCCUCCGAUAUAUCUACUGCGAAGAUGACCAGCUCUGGUAUCUCUACAGCGAAGAUGACUGAAUCCGAUAUAUCUACUGCGAAGAUGACCAGCUCUGGUAUCUCUACAGCGAAGAUGACUGCCUCCGAUAUCACUAUUGUGAAGAUGACCAGCUCUGGUAUCUCUACAGCGAAGAUGACUGAAUCCGAUAUAUCUACUGCGAAGAUGACCAGCUCUGGUAUCUCUACAGCGAAGAUGACUGAAUCCGAUAUAUCUACUGCGAAGAUGUAAACGUAAACUUUACGUUUACAGAGUU